AUGUUUCACAAAUUAUUUAUAAUUUGUUUACUUGGACCCGUAUUGGCACGAUCCGACGAAGCCGAACGACUUCAUCGAUUCAAACGUAUAAUUGGUGGACAAUCUGUCCCACGUGGUACGUAUCCAUGGGCAGCUUCAAUUCAAGCUAAACGACACACGUCAUGGUCAACAUUAGUUACAGGAACGGAACAACACUAUUGUGGUGCAGCUUUAAUUAAACCUGAUUGGGUAAUCACAGCAGCGCAUUGCUUAUACGACAGUGGGGAAGAUGAUGAAAUUAUCAGCUAUCUACAUCCAAAAAUGUGGCAUGUGAGAAUGGCAACUGAAAAACUAAGCCCUGGAAUUUUAGAACGUUUAAAAGGUGCUUUCAAUCGAGUAUUCAAUUCUAUUUUUGGACAUGUUAAACUCCAAACAUUUUAUCAUGUAGAAGAAAUAUUUCAUCAUCCGAAAUACGAACCUGGAAAUUUGGAGUAUGAUAUUGCCUUAUUUAAAUUAAAAGAAACUCCGGUUUUAUGGAAAAUCAAUCAUUUAGAUUUAAUAGAACUACCGGAUGAAAACAGCGAUGAGGAAUGGCCUAAACCUAAUCAGAAGUGUGUAGCUGUUGGUUGGGGAUGCAGUUUCGUUGACGGACCACCAACGUUGAAAAUUCAAGCUGUAGAACUUCCAGUUCUACAAUCAAAAACAUGCAUGUCAAUGUACUCAGCUUAUAUAAAUUUGACAGAACAACAUGAAUUCUGUGCAGGCUAUCAUAAUUUCGGUAAAGGUGUAUGCCCAGGUGACAGUGGUGGACCAUUGGUCUGUGAAGAUUCAAAUGGUGACUACAAAUUAGCUGGUAUUGUGUCAGCAACACACUCCAAAUUGCCUGCUGAUUAUCCGGCAAUAUUCACACGUGUUUCUUACUUCACUAAAUGGAUAAAUGAUGUAAUCAAGGAGAACGGAUAUAAGAAAAAACCGAAUGGUCUCUUUUCAUUUUUACAAUUGCAUAACUGA